UCCAUAGGUUAAAAUAACGGCGCUCAAUAUUAGUGCAGAUUAAAAAAUGACAUGCAUACUGACUCUUAAUAUAGCUCGAUAGACCCAAUCACUCUGAAUGUAAACAUGUCCUGACAGUACGCAUGCGCACCGAGUCAAACGCACUCGUAAUGUUGGGACAUUGUGCAGAUUCAAGCCUGAAAAUGGGGGACAAACAGCAAUAAAAGUAAAGUAGAAAGCUUAUUUAAGACGCGUUUCUUCUGAUCGUUGAGGAGUUACCCUGGGCGAACCCGUAACUAUGUACAGGUCUGCAGACACAGAAUUGUUGAUAUCAACUCUAGUAGCCAUGGUUCAAAGGGUAGAGGUUUCUCUUCGCCAUGAAUAUGCGACCUGAAUGCUUUUCUAAAGUGGGAUUGUACUCAAACAACUGUGACUUCAGCCCAUCUCAAACAAGACACCCAGUUAGUGUCCGUAAAGAGCUCAGUGAUCCUCUUGGUGACACUCCAGACAGCACCAGACAACAUCUGUUCUUGGACAAGACUUUGGGUGGGAAACCAGAACGGACUUCAUUGCCUUUAAAGCUUGGCAGAGAGUUGGCUGUGGCUUCAGAGGCUGGCUCUGUGGGCACAGAAAAACUGUCAUCUCAAGCUAAACAAAUGGGGGGUGAAGGCACCCCUGUAAAAAGUAAAACUCCUCUUGGACAGACCAACACCAUUGAUAACAAGCCAGAGUUUGUAUCCAUGAAUUCACAUAGUAAUUCUAGAGACCCUGUGGGUGAGAAAAACGCCAAAGGGUUAGAGACCAUGGGGGCGUCACAUGAACACUCGGAGGGUAAAAAGACAAAUUUGAGGAAGAUCACGGGUCAUCCUCACGCACAAGCCACCUGCCUUAAACAACUGCUUCUGCUUCAGCUGGACUUAAUAGAGCAACAACAGCAACAGCUGCAGUCUAAGGACAAGGAAAUAGAUGAACUCAAAUCAGACAGAGACACGUUGCUUGCCCGUAUUGAGCGUAUGGAGCGCCGUUUGCAGUUGUUAAGUAAGGAACCACGUGACAAGAAGCUCUUCCAGCCAUUAGAGCGAUGGGUCCCUGACACGGAUGACUUUUGGGAAUCAGAUAUGGGGGACAACCCUCAAACUCAGACAUCUAAGUCAGGUGGCAAAGUGCAAAAGAGAAAGAUGAACAUGUUGGAAACAAAGAUGCAGAGGUCAAGGGGUAAGGCCUCAAGAAUGACCCCCCAAAAACCAGAUACAGGAGGGACAUCGCCAUGUCAGCAUGACCUGCGAAGCAAAGAGACCCCGGAGAAGACGAACGUGAAAUCAUCCGGACAGAUGGACCUGAAUCCAGAGGGAGACGACAGCAGAGAAACCGAAGAGCUUCCGUACAUGACAACGACCGAGAUGUACCUGUGCUGUUGGCAGCAACCUCCAGCCUCUCCGUUACAGGAAGAGUGUCCAAAGAUAGAAGAGGAUGUUGCAAUCCCAUCAUGGAGGGAAAACAUCAUGGAACCCAUCCAGGAGGAGGAUGCUGUUGACAUCCCCGAAAGUCUUGAUGACAGUGUUUUUCUGAAACGGCACGCAAAGUUAGAACUGGAUGAGAAGAGACGAAAACGAUGGGACAUUCAGAGAAUACGUGAACAGCGUAUGCUUCAAAGACUGCAGCAGCGCAUGGAGAAGAAAAAAACUAAUGUUCAGGAGAGCGAGCCAGAAGUGUCCUCGUUUCAUCCUGAUUUGGAGAAUGUGGAGGCCAUCUUGGUCACACCCUUUCUGCCAGUAGUGGCGUUUGGUCGGCCUUUGCCCAAUUUACCUGCACAGAAUUUUGAGUUGCCCUGGCUUGAUGAAAGAAGUCGAUGUCGCAUUGAAAAUCAGAAGAAACAAACUCCCCACAGGACCUGUCGGAAAUAAGCCGCAC